CUCCAAAAAUAAAAAAUGCAAAAGCAUCAAUAUCGAUAGUGUUGUUUUCCCAUUUCGUACUUUUUCAAUAGCAAAAUUUCUCGUAUUGUUUAUCUCGCUAAUAGCAUAAAAACGAAGAGACUGAGAGCAGAGUCUGCGUUUGCCGUUUCCAAUUAAUAGCAAACCAAAUAGAAUAAACGUGAGGGGUGGUCGGUCAAAAAGGGGGAGAGCGAGCCCCAAAACUAAAAACUGAAGAGCCGGGAUUUGCCUUUGCCAAAGGGGAAAAAGGAUAUACUAAUAGUUAUAGUUUUUUCUAAGUGUGUGCGCGUAUACAUAUGUGAGUGCUCGAUUGCAUUGUGAGCGUGAGAAAGCUGACGCACUGUGCAUUUAAUUGCACAAAUCAAGUCAAGUGGUUGCAGAAGUAAACACGGCGAGAUUGGCCGUGAACAAAACCCCCCAUACCCCUUAAUACCACUGCAGCUGCUACCCUUACACCUACCCCUAACACCCCCACCAUCAGUACAAUUCGCUCGCGUUCAGUCUUCGUUAACAAAAAGAAAAAUCACAAUCUGGCUGCAAAAUUCGGUAGUGUAGUGUUGGUGUGUUCAGUCUUUGUCUUUGGAGGGCAAACGACAAACCUCCAUUAAUACACGGGAAAAAAAACACGAAGGAGGAGGGGGAGAAGGUGGAGAAACAGAUAUGGAUGUCCUGGAACUGUUGCGUGCGAGUGCCAAUGGCUGUUACAACACAAUAUUCUCAGAUGCCUGGAGUCAAUAUGUGUCUCAGCAGAUUACAUCGUCGUUGUACCUGUACAUCGCCUUGGGCAUUCUAACCGUGCUCUUUGUGGCCUGGUUCAUAUAUUUUAAACGUCUCGCACGUUUACGGCUGCGUGAUGAAAUUGCCCGAUCAUUGAACGCCGUCACCUCAGCCUCUGGUGGGGAUUUGCGCGGCUUGAGAUUUCGCAAACGCGACAAAAUGCUCUUUUAUGGUCGGAGAAUGUUGCGCAAAAUGAAAAAUGUCAGCGGACAGAUGUAUAGCAGCGGCAAGGGCUACAAGAGGCGGGCCGUAAUGCGGUUCGCUCGACGCAUACUUCAGCUGCGACGUGAGAAUAUGCCGCUGGAGAUGAGGACAGUGGAACCGCCGGCGGAGUAUCUCGAGGAGACAAUCGAGGGCAGUGAUCGUGUGCCACCGGAUGCUCUAUAUAUGCUUCAGAGUAUACGCAUUUUUGGGCACUUUGAGAAGCCAGUGUUUCUCAAAUUAUGCAAGCACACCCAGGUGCUGGAGCUAAUGGCUGGCGAUUAUCUAUUCAAGAUCACUGAUGCCGAUGACAGUGUCUAUAUUGUUCAAUCGGGCAUGAUCAAUGUAUAUAUCUCGAAUGCGGAUGGCAGCACAUUGUCCCUGAAGACAGUGCGUAAAGGAGAAUCGGUGACAUCGCUGCUCAGUUUCAUCGAUGUGCUAUCCGGUAAUCCAAGUUACUAUAAAACGGUUACGGCCAAAGCCAUGGAGAAAUCCGUCGUAAUACGUUUACCCAUGCAGGCAUUUGAGGAGGUGUUCCGUGAGAAUCCCGAUGUAAUGAUACGUGUUAUUCAGGUCAUCAUGAUUCGAUUGCAGCGCGUCCUUUUUACCGCUCUCCGCAAUUAUCUUGGCCUUAAUGCUGAGCUUGUCCAGAAUCAUAUGCGCAAUAAGAGCAUAACAAUUUCCGGACAUCUCAACUCGCAAUCUCAAUCGUCGCAAUCGAUGCGGCAGCAGACGACAGCAACGGCAACUGGUGGAACAUCGGCAACUGCUUUGGGGGGUCAACAAUUGCCAGCCGCCGUUCCAUCGUUGCCGUUGCAGCGACAACCGCCGCCGCCUACCAUUGCGCCGCCUUUGCGUCAUUCACGCGAAGAGCAUACCCUGUCGGGUCCAAAUCCUAAUCCAAAUAGUGGCAACAAUGUUCAAUUGCCUGAAGUGCAUGGAGAUGCGCCAAACAUUGAUAUCUACCAUCAGCAACAACAUGGCGGUAGCACCUCGACGGGCAAUUUGUCUACUCGACGUGGCUCUUUGGUUCAACCGUCGAUCGGAGGAGGAGGAGGAGGGUCAACGGCUCAAGAAGGAGGAUGUGCUGCAGCUGGUGCUCCAACCAUAGAUAUGCGUCUCAUUCAGUCAUCGGCCGUGGAAAGUUUACGCAAAGAGCUUGGUCUGCCCAACGAGGAUGCGCAUAUAAUAGAGCCAUUUGUUGAGGUCCGUGAACUGGAACCCAAUGUCACCCUCAUAACGGAGGGCAAUGCCGAUGAUGUUUGCAUAUGGUUUGUGAUGACCGGCACCUUGGCGGUUUACCAAGGUGUUGCAGAUGCCACACGCUCCUCCACUGCCACCACCAAAUCAGAUAAGUCUGAUUUGCUUAUACAUUUUGUCCAUCCGGGUGAAAUUGUCGGCGGUUUGGCCAUGCUAACCGGCGAGGCUAGUGCCUAUACGAUUCGUUCGCGAAAUAAUAGUCGUGUGGCCUAUAUAAGACGUGCGGCCAUUUAUCAGAUUAUGCGACAGCGUCCACGAAUAGUUUUGGAUCUGGGCAAUGGUGUGGUGCGUCGUCUCUCCCCCUUGGUACGGCAAUGUGAUUAUGCCUUGGACUGGAUCUUUCUAGAGUCCGGACGUGCCGUCUAUCGACAGGAUGAGAGCAGUGAUAGCACUUACAUUGUAUUGAGUGGACGUAUGCGUUCAGUAAUUACGAAUCCGGGUGGCAAAAAGGAAAUUGUCGGUGAAUAUGGCAAAGGAGAUCUGGUGGGCAUUGUUGAGAUGAUCACAGAGACAUCACGGACCACCACUGUUAUGGCGGUGCGUGACUCCGAAUUGGCCAAAUUGCCAGAGGGCCUGUUCAAUGCCAUCAAAUUGCGUUAUCCAAUUGUGGUUACAAAGCUAAUUAGUUUUCUAAGUCAUCGGUUUUUGGGUUCCAUGCAGACACGCGGCAGCACAGGGGCACCAGGUGCGCCAGUCGAGGCUAAUCCGGUAACGCACAAGUAUUCAACAGUGGCUCUGGUGCCCAUUACAGAUGAAGUGCCGCUAACGCCAUUCACCUAUGAGCUGUAUCAUUCACUAUGUGCCAUAGGCCCUGUUCUACGUCUCACCUCGGAGGUGGUACGCAAGCAGCUGGGUCAAAACAUAUUUGAGGCCGCAAAUGAGUAUCGUUUGACCUCAUGGCUUGCCCAGCAAGAGGAUCGUAAUAUUAUCACAUUAUAUCAGUGUGAUAAUUCGUUAAGUCCCUGGACCCAUCGUUGUAUGCGUCAAGCGGAUGUGAUUCUAAUUGUCGGCCUUGGAGAUCGUUCACAUUUGGUUGGGAAAUUUGAACGUGAAAUCGAUCGUCUUGCCAUGCGCACACAAAAGGAGCUGGUGCUCCUCUAUCCGGAGACAACGAAUGCCAAACCAGCCAAUACACUCAGUUGGCUGAAUGCUCGUCCCUGGGUAACUAAGCAUCAUCAUGUGCUCUGUGUGAAGCGUAUUUUUACCCGCAAAAGUCAAUAUCGAAUUAAUGAUCUCUACAGUCGUGUCCUGCUAUCGGAGCCAAAUAUGCAUUCCGAUUUCUCACGUUUGGCCCGUUGGCUAACGGGCAACUCUAUUGGACUGGUACUGGGUGGUGGCGGUGCUCGAGGUGCUGCCCAUAUUGGCAUGCUGAAAGCCAUACAAGAGGCUGGUAUACCCAUCGAUAUGGUUGGUGGGGUUAGCAUUGGUGCCCUAAUGGGUGCCCUCUGGUGCUCCGAGAGAAAUAUCACCACAGUAACGCAAAAGGCACGCCAGUGGUCCAAAAAAAUGACAAAAUGGUUCCUACAAUUGCUGGAUCUUACCUAUCCCAUUACAUCAAUGUUUUCGGGCCGUGAAUUCAACAAGACCAUACAUGAUACAUUUGGUGAUGUGAGCAUUGAGGAUCUGUGGAUACCCUAUUUCACACUGACAACCGAUAUCACCGCCAGUUGCCAUCGCAUUCACACAAACGGAUCUCUGUGGCGUUAUGUACGCUCAUCCAUGUCGCUAAGCGGCUAUAUGCCACCACUCUGUGAUCCAAAAGAUGGACAUCUUCUGCUGGAUGGCGGCUAUGUAAAUAAUUUGCCAGCUGAUGUGAUGCACAAUUUGGGAGCUGCUCAUAUAAUUGCCAUUGAUGUGGGCUCUCAGGAUGAUACCGAUCUAACAAAUUAUGGUGAUGAUCUAAGUGGCUGGUGGUUGCUCUAUAAAAAAUGGAAUCCCUUCACCUCGCCAGUUAAGGUGCCCGAUUUGCCCGAUAUACAAUCUCGUCUGGCUUAUGUGUCGUGUGUGAGACAGCUUGAAGAGGUGAAAAAUUCGGAUUACUGCGAAUAUAUUCGACCGCCAAUUGACAAAUACAAGACAUUGGCCUUUGGCAGCUUUGAUGAGAUACGCGAUGUGGGCUAUGUCUUUGGCAAAAACUAUUUCGAGAGCAUGGCCAAGGCGGGUCGUUUGGGACGUUUCAAUCAAUGGUUCAACAAGGAGCCACCCAAGCGUGGCAAUCACGCAUCGCUCAAUGAGUAUACGUUUAUUGAUUUAGCUCAAAUUGUCUGCAAAUUACCCGAAACGUAUGCUGUGAACACUGCAGAGAUAUUCAGUGAGGAUGAGGACUGUGAUGGUUAUAUAUCGGAGCCAAGUACGCUGAAUACGGAUCGUCGAAUUCAGGUGCCACGAGCUGGUAACUCAUUAUCGUUAUCAGAGGCUGAAAUGGAUUCCGAUGUGGAGAUUGAUUUCAGAAGCGAUAGUAAAAAGGAUAAAGCAACUCAAUCAACACCGCCGGCUCCUGGCAAAGACAACGAGGAUAAAACCGAUGCGGUGGAUAGAAUACCAUUAUUAACACUAGAAAGGCCAUUGACUGACCAGCAGCAACAGCAUAGCGACGAGACUGACGAACAGGAAACGCCGCGGGCGAUGAAAGAUGGCACAAACACAAUGACAACCCAAACGACGUCACCCACAACGGAUGCGGGUUCGGAAUGGGCGGGCAGCGAGUCGGAGUUAGAAAAGGAGAACAAAAAUGUCAAUACCAAAAACUAACCAAUAGAUAAUUAUCUCGAUAUAUGAACACAUGGCACCACCACCCCCACCUCCCAUUCAUCCACAAAUCACCAGGCGAACGAAAGAAAAGGAAAAAAGAAACAUUAAAUUAAAUGAAAUUUGUUAUUCGUUCAAAUUUAAAUUUAAAUAUUAAUUUAGGCUCUAGUUUUACGUACACCUGUUUUUUUCCCUAUCCCGCCAUCGACUCCAGAUAAAAUUUUAGAUAUUUUGUAUAUAUAUAUAACUAGAUAUAUAUCUUUGCUGAAACAUCCCUUGCUCUCUAUCUAUCUCUCUCUCUCUCUCUCUCUCCCCCUAUUAACACCUGAACCACCAAACCUAUCAUCUGUCACAUGAAAAUAUUGCACAUGACAUUUAUUUUAUAGUUUUAGCUAUAUAUACAAAUUGUUUCAUUUAUGGACAGAUUUACUCUCAAUUUUUUCCCCUCUUUUUUUUUUUGUAAAAUAAACAAUUGAAAGUACAAAGGAAAUUGUUUACUAUUCGGGUAAUGCGCUAAAUUAACCAAGGGGAAUGAUUUAAGAUUAAAUUUUGUUAUUCCUUUGGAAGAGUCUUCGAAGUUUAAAAGACAAAUUAAAGAGACACUGUCUACUUUCUUUUCUGUUGUGAAUUGUCCGGCUUUUAGUUUAAUAAAUCAACAUGUCAGAUGCAGAUUUGUAAUAAUAAAAUACACGAAUUUAUAAUGCAAUUAUUUGGUGGUGUAGAUGAAUAAACUAUUUUAUUAUAUGAUGCAGACGGGAUGCUAUCCAUCUGAAAGUAUCACAAUGAAUUUGUCGAUCGGCUUAAAAUGUACAUAUAUAACUCGAUUUAAGUAAAUUUAAGUAGCAACCAAGAAUGUAAAUACUAAAAUAAAGUGAACAAAAUGCAAAUUAA